AUGGGUUUAAGGGCCGACAUUGCUCACAGUGUUUCCCAAAGAGAGUUCACUACUUAUGCUGAAUGUUUGAGGCAAUGCUAUGUUGCUAAAAACAGCUUGAAGAGGGUUCAAGAAGAGAGGAACCAGAACAGGACUAAUUUUAGGGAGCAAGGAAGAUCUACUCAACACUUGAGGCCCCGUAAUCCUCCAUCAAAGAAGAAGAAGCACACCGGGGAGUGCACCAACUCUUCAGUGACUUGUUACGAGUGUGGCGAGCCAGGCCACAUAUCUAGAUUCUUCCCCAAGAAGAGAGCUCCUGAGAAGACUACAGGUCGUGUGUACACCCUUGAUGCAAGAAAGGCCAAGGGAAACAACAAUCUCAUUGCGGGUACGUGUUAUGUUAACAACCAACCUUUAUGUGUUUUAGUCGAUUGUGGAGCUACUCAUUCUUUUAUCUCUACCGAGUGUGUUUACCGACUUGGUUUGGAAGUUACUCCAUUACCCAAUCCUAUGAUUAUUUCUUCAGCAACGGAUGAUACCGUGGAAGCUAGACUGAUUUGUAAGGGUUGUUCGGUGUCUUUUAAUGGUCGUGACUUCCCGAUUGAUCUAAUUUGCUUACCCCUCAAGAGGCUUGAUGUUAUUCUAGGAAUGGAUUGGUUGUCUCUUAAUUCAGUGGUAGAGUUACGUGAGAUUCCUGUGGUUUGCAAAUUUCCUGAUGUAUUUCCUGAGGAUAUCACUUCUCUUCCUCCGGAAAGGGAAGCGGAAUUCUCAAUUGAUCUUGUUCCUGGAACUGCCCCAGUUUCUAUCACUCCAUAUAGGAUGUCUCCUAUUAAACUCAGAGAACUGAAGAGCCAAUAA